AUGGUCAAAAAUAACAGUCAGGCUUCUUGGACAUUCAGGAAUAUCUUCUAUCAAAUUCAUUCUAUCCUUUAUGGUUUGGACUAUCAAAUUCAGCAUUCUUAUCAUGAGGGUAACACUGUGGCAGACUCAUUGGCAAACCAGGGAGCUUUAACUAAAGUCUCUUCAACCUACUCGUCUCCAGAUAGUCUACCCACUGCCACUAGACUUCUGAUGUUGCAGGAUAGAAGGCAAAUCAGAAAUUUAAGACUUAGACUGAAGAGGACAGAUCAGAUUUCAAAAUCAAUGUCUGAGCCUUUGGUAUUCUUGGGUCUUCAUUUGGUGUCUGAUCUUGGUUCUGCUUCGUCUGUUGGAAUUCCACAGGAGGUUUCUGCUGUUCUGUGCUACAAAAGAGAAUUUCAUAGGACGAUUACUAUGCAAGUCUUUGGGAAUUUAGGCUUACGCUGGUCGUCCUUCUCUUGCUGCACUCUUUUUCGCUUCAUUGCUACUAUGAAGGCUUUAGGAUGGUUCCUCAUUUUCUACACGGGAAGGAAAAGGCAGGUUAUUCUCGGAUGGGAUUCUACUGACCCUCAGUCAGACUCUAUUGCUGAAAAUGAAAAGGUUUGUUCAGAGGAUUGGUUCUUUGGUACAAGACUCUGUUCAGAUUCUUUCCCUGCCGCCUUUGCAUUUUCAAGGCGCCUCCUCACCUGCUUAUCGGAUCUGACUCGGCCUAUCAAAUUUGCCUUUCCAUCUGGCCUUAUCAGAUGGUCUCUUAGCUCGAUGGCUGCCAUGUUUAUUGCUUAUUUUAGCUCAGCUCACAACUCAAGGCUUAUCAGUCCUCUCCUUCUUUUAGCUGGUUCUUCUCAGCUCAGUCAUUUAGCUCAGGCUAUUGGUUCUCUCGGCUCCAAGUAUCAGCUCAAUUACACUCUCUUGCAGCUGGUUUUUGAUGCUGCCUACACCUCAGUUGCAUUUUCUGGCUGA